CUCAAUCUGGAAAUGAAAAGUUUGGUAUGAGUACCUAAGUAUUUAAACCAAUCAAGAAACUUAAAUUUAGUUCAUUUUGAUUGGUUAGUAGUACAGGCUGAUUUCAUUUUAACUUUGAAAAAAUAUUUAAAUACGCUAUUUAUUAUACACUUGAAUCAGUUUCAUCACAGACGUCGCAGUGAAAAGAUGGAUAGAAUUAACUGUCUGGAGUGUGGUGUAACAUUUUGUAGUAGAUUCAACAUGAUGCGGCAUAAAAAAACAAACAUGUAAAAGAAGAUGAGCACUUCAGAAUUUCAACUCAUAUGCCUAAUUUCUCAACAGGAGCGCAUUUGGGAGCGCAUUUGGGAGCUCCCUUAAAGGGAGCUCCGCAAGGAGCGCCGGGAGCGCAUUUGGGAACGUCUUUGGGAGCGCAUUUGGGAGCUCCCUUACAGGGAGCUCCGCAAGGAGCGUCGGGAGCGCAUUUGGGAGCUCCAGAAGACGUGUCACAGGGAGCGCCGGGAGGAGCUCCGCAAGGAGCGCUUCAGGGAGGACCGCAGGAAAUCAAACCAACUAUUCUACAGCAUCCUUUUACCAUGAUGAUUUCUGGUCCCACAGCAUGUGGAAAGACAACAUUUGUAAAGGAAUUGCUGCAAAAUCAUAUCUACAGAAUUAAGCCUGGUGUACAAAGAAUAGUGUGGCUGUACAAGAGAUGGCAACCAAUGUAUGGGGAAAUACAAAGCACAGUUUACCCAGAGGUGAAAUUCUACCAAGGCAUUCCAUCCGACAUAAACGAAGACGAAUAUUUUGACACAAAGUUAAAUAACUUGCUAAUUCUGGACGAUAUGAUGUCAGAGGCUGGAAAGGACAAAAGAAUUACAGAUUUAUUCACGGAGGGAUCGCAUCACCGAUCUUUGUCGGUGAUUUCCAUCAAUCAAAACCUCUACGCCAGCAAGGAUCCGACACAGAGAAGAAACUGUCAUUAUCUGGUAAUGUUCAAUAAUCCAGUCGACAAACAAUCUAUGAUCACAUUAGCAAGACAGAUGUACCCUGGUAAAACUGAAUACUUUUUAAAGAAGUUUGAGAAAGCAACUAAACAGCCCUAUGGCUUUCUAUUGGUGGAUUUAAAACCAUUUACACCGGAACAUGCCAGACUGAAAUAUGAUUUAAUGUGGAUAGACAGAAGAUCUACGAACAACGAAAGCCUGUCAGAACUGACCAAUCAGAUGACAGAACCAGACCAAAAUUGUAUAAAAGGCGAGCAACAAUCAGUUUUAAAUCAUUUGUCAGUUGGAAUUCAAACUGUAGACAUCGCAGGAAAUAAUUGUGAAAUUAUGGCUGAAAAUACGAAUGCUUGCGACGAUUGUGGACUUUUGUUUGACUCUUCGCAUGAUGUACAGAGACACGUAAAACGAGGGUGGUGUGCAGAAAAUAACGAUACUACGUAACCAAAGAAAAGAAAAAUAGAAGGCAGCAGUUGUGAUGAAAUGGGAGAUAACGUUGAAGAAAAUCAGGCUUAUCUAUCCCUCUGGAAAAAAGCUAUAGACUGUAACGACGAUAAAUACGAUAAAUUGUAUAAUCAGUUUAUACAGGACGGAGAAGACAAGGAGUCUGCACAGGAAAUGACAGAAGAUCGUAUCCAGCCGUAUAAUGAACGCAAA